AUGUAAGCAAAUUAAGUUGCUUGCUUUAAUAGCUUCUAUAAUAAAUUAAAAUCAAAAAAAUAUACAGAGAAAAUGUAAGAAAAAGGAAAUAGCAAUAAAAAAUUUGUUUUAAAUAACAAAGUAAAAAAUUACCAAUCUAUUAGUUAAUUAUUUUUAGAAUUCUAUUCAACUAAGUCCUUUAAGCUUGUGAGAAAAAGGAAUAGAGGAAUAGUAUUAGGAAUUAUACUCCUAGCUUUAGAAAAUUUAUUUAUAUUUUUAGCAUGCAUCUCUAAAAUUAAUACUGAUACAAUUGAUAAAAAUCUAGACAAGUUGGUUUGCUUAUUUAAAAGAAUUAUUUGCUAUGAGUUCUUAAGGAUUAUUUUCUUAAUUAUAAAUUUCACUUUACUCUUAGUUUUACUAUUAUUGAUUAUUGUCUUUUUCUAAAAAUAAAAAAAAUAAUAUGAUUCAUCUUAAAAAUUAUUGUUUUAAAAGUCUCGAAUAAAAGUACAUAAGUAUCAUUUUAAUUAUUUCAAUCUACUUAAGAAAUACUUUUCUUUAUUUGCUCUCAUUUACAGACAGAUCAUUUUUUUACCUCUACUCUACAUUAGUGCAUGCUAGAUAUUUAGUUUACUCAAUUUUGUAAAUUUUUUGAUAACUUUAUUUAUAGAAAUUGCAAUUAAUGACUCAGAUUAUGAAUUUACACUUAAAUCUGCAGAUUUCUUGUCAAGACCCUACUCGAAAAGCUCAAAUUUAAUUAUUCUAUUCGAUCUUCUUGUCAUUUUUGUUGUGCAAAUGGGAGGAAGUAUAAUAAUUAAUAAACUGAAUAAAUUAACAAUUUUCUGA